AUGAAAACGUCCAGAUAUUUUUACAUUGAAAAUGCUUUUGUUUAUAAUGAGAUGGAUGUUCCACGAAAUUUUCGUCUAUUGGAAGAGCUUGAAGAUGGUCAGAAAGGUAAAGGUGAUGGUAAUAUAUCAUGGGGUCUUGAAGAUGAUGAUGAUAUGACAUUAACACGUUGGACAGGAAUGAUUAUUGGACCUCCAAGAACACCAUUUGAAUCGAGAAUUUAUAACUUACGCAUAGAGUGUGGUCCAAAUUAUCCAAAAGAAGCUCCACUUGUGCGGUUUACAACGAAGAUUAACAUGAAUGGAGUGAACCAAACUAAUGGAAUGGUUGAUAGGCGUUACGUACCUGUACUUCGUCAAUGGAAUAAUGCGUUCUGUAUUAAAACGAUUCUUGAAGAUAUACGGAAGACAAUGAUGACUGCCAAAGAGAAUAUGAAGUUAUCGCAGCCUCCAGAGAGUGCCACUUAUUAG